AUGGACGCAGAGGAGACGCAGGCCGAGGAUAGUCAAUUGACUGGGGGCGAGCGCGACAGAUGGGCGAGGGCGAAAAACGCUUUCACUAUGCUGAAGGUGGAGAUCAUUGCCACGCCGGUUCUGAAGCUCUUCGACCCGGAACGUACUGCUGUUGUUGUGCACUUCGCAUGGGCCAUAUCUGCAGCAUUGAUGCAGGAACACGAAGGUGUGUACCAUCCGGUGACCUUCACUAGUCGCACGUUGAAGGCAAACGAGCUCAACUAUGGAGUGGUGGAUAAAGAGGUAUUGGCGCUUCUGCGAAUCUUGGGCGUCUGUUACUCGCAGCUGGUUACCAGGUCUAUCAAGGUCUUGUCACGGUUCUCGACAUUGGCCUGGUUACUCAAGUCGAAUGGUUUCGACCGGCGACUGGCUAGGUGGGCAGCGCUGCUAUCAGGGUGGACAUUGGAGGUCACCAAAUGUGUGAAGGGUGAAGACGAAAUCCUUGGAACAAUCGCAGCUAGCAUCACACCCCGAGCUGAUGUCGACGAAGCCCUAGGUGAGAUGGACUGCAAAGCACCAGGACUGCAACUGCUCCGACAGAAGGCGUUGAACCGACUACGCUCG